GGCAAAUCAGAGGCAUGAAAAAUGAAAAAUUCCUAAUAUAAACGACCCCGAAUUUUGAGGCCAGGGUCUUCUUGAUAAGACAUCAAUUCUUCCAAAACUUCGGUCGCCAUUCCGUCGGAUUGCGGCCGCUGAAUCUAUUCUUCGGCUUCUACCCGUCACCAGCUACAUGGUUUCUUCUCUGCACGACGCUCAUUGCGCAGAAGAAGAAAUGAGAGCGAACGACGAUGUCAAUAUCCCAUUUGGGAAGGAAGCGACGGAUUUGGUUGAGGUACAGGAUAAUUCCGAUGCGUGCGACCAUCACAAAACUUCAAAAGCCUCUUUUCCGGACGGUUUCCUUAUCGCGGACGAAUCGUUCCUAGCCUCAACCUCAUCGGAUUGGACGCCUGGAAAUCCAAGCCGUCGGAGCUCGUCUGAGUCGGAUUCGAGGUCGGAUCGCUCCGGGGAGGCCAUUGUUGAUCCGGGUGUUCCUCAUGAGGGAAUGUUCUUCGUCCUCGCCUAUCUAGAGCUCAGGGAUCUCUUAUCCGUCCGGAAGGUAUGCAGAUCCCUGAGGGACGCGGUUAACGGUGACCUGUUGCUGUGGCGGGACAUCUGUGUGGACCGGCCAUUGAGUUGGAAGCUGACGAACGACGCCCUAGCGCAGAUAACAGGAAGGGCACAGGGUAACCUUCGGUCAUUGACAUUGAGGAGUUGCUGGAUGGUGACUGACGUUGGUCUCCACAGAGUGAUAGCUGAAAAUCCACGCAUCUCUGAGAUUUGCCUACCCGGGUGUGUUCAUGUUACUGCUGAUGGUAUAGUGAAAGCAGUGAGAACACUUGCUGGCAUAAUGGGUGAUGGUCCACUUCCCUUGAAGCGCUUGGCUCUUCAUGGCCUUCAGAAUCUUACUGCAGAACACGUUGGCAUCCUGAACUCAAUGAUAAAGCAUAGCCAACAGAAACAAAUGCAUAGAUAUUAUGGCUUCAGCCAUUCUUUCACGCAAGGAAACGAUCACCAUGGUGUGAUUGAUGUCGAUGUCUGUCCAAAAUGCGAGAAGGUGAGCCUCAUAUUUGAUUGCACGAGGAAAGAAUGCAUGGAGAAGAGGCAUCAUCGGCUCCUCCAAUGUCGUGGGUGCUCGCUCUGUAUAGCAAGGUGUGAUGAUUGUGGGGGUUGCCUCAGAUGGGAUGAGUUUGGACAAACCUUCUGCGGAGAUCUGUUGUGCGAAAAAUGCUGGUUGCAGCUCCCAAAAUGCAGGUUUUGCAAUCGAUCUGGUUGCCGCAGGAAUGUGAAUCACUCAUUGAUGGAGACUGAAACUGGGCCCAUCUGCCAACAUUGUUGCGAUUCAAUCAAGAAUUGAUUCUGUGCGCUAGGUUUCAGAGGUGACAAUCAUGUGAGCAUGCAACUUCAGCUGUACCGAGUGUCAGACCUUGUGGUUUUUCUCCUGCAAGAAGACACCAUAGAGCUUCGUUUGGAGCUAAAUUUUGUAGAUACAAACGCCCCUUUCCUCUUCCAGACGAAUUUAUAUAGCUUUUGCAGUAUAAAAUACUUAUCUUCUUGUUUC